AUGGAGGUACCACGUGAACAAAGUAAUAAUAUAAGAAUCCGUAACAAAACUGUUACAAAGGAUUUAAGAGAAUAUCUACUCACGUCGACACUGCAUGGAUUGCGGUAUAUUGGAGAAAAAAAAUUAACCUGGUUUGAAAGGUUUUUCUGGCUCAUUGCAUUCAGUUGCUCUUUAAUAUGCGCUGGAUUCUUCAUUUUAAACGUAUACGCAAAAUGGCGGAUGUCACCAAUGAUUGUUAGCAUCAAUCCAGAAGAUAUGCCACUGAAUAAAUUACCAUUUCCAGCAUUGACGAUUUGCAAUGUUAACCAGGCAAAAAAAUCGGUGGCUGAACGCUAUGUUGCUUAUGGAGAUCCUGUCGACAAGAAGUUAUUGGAAAGUUUAUGUUCAACACAAAACGACGCCGACCUAUUUGAAGAUGAAAUCGCUGACACCGCAGAUUGGGACCAUACUAGGACUUUUCUUAUCAAGGUUACUCAACCUUGCGAAGAAAUGCUCACGAAAUGUAUGUGGAACUCAAAGACGAUGAACUGCUACGAUUUAUUUAAUGCACAACUUACUGAUGAGGGAUUAUGUUGCACCUUUAACGUGGUUCACAGGGAUAUGAUGUUCAGGAAUCCAAAAGAUUUGAAUGACAUGAACAUCACAUUUCCAUCACCUGCCGUUGAUUGGACGCCGGAAACCGGCUAUCCACACAACUCGCCACCUGAUGGAUUUCCGUGGAAACCAAAAGGUGUUGGUACUGAUCAUGGGUUGACGCUAAUUCUGGAUGCAAAUAUUCCAGAAUAUUACUGUGCUUCUACGAAAAGUGUUGGAUUUAAAAUAUUACUCCAUAAUCCAACGGAAACUCCAAAAAUAGCAAAACUAGGAGAGAUCUAUGGACCAGGCAUAGAAGCACGUUGGUAA